GUUACUCACACUUUAUAAGCGUGUACUGAGGUAUGAUAUCUCAUUACACUUUCAGUCGUUAAAGCGGUGAAGCUAUAAGCAAUUGUCAGCUAUCCUGAGAUUGGUGUGCUCUGUGCAUCUGUAUUCAACUUCGAAAAAAGCAGCUACGCAAAAUGAAUGCAACCAUUGUCACACUGUACAGUCUAUUAGUUCUCGUGGCCAUAACACAAGCAAACCCCGUCAGAUAUGAACAGCCAUCGUCAACUGCCCAGACCCCCAAAGAGCUAAACGGAGAAAAAUCCUGCGGUACAGGGGUCAUAUCGAGUAGUGAUGAACAUAAGGAUCACACCAGAGUAAAACGAUGUGGACUUCUUAUGGAUUUAUUAUUUGGACCACGCCAGCCACAAGUUAUACACCAUUACAACAUCGGUAAUGGAAACAAUAACGUUAACAAUGUUAACAUACAACAAUCACGUACAUAUGACUAUUACAGUUAUUAUGGCUGAAGAAAAUA